AUGUUAAGCGUAUUGAUUACCAUCACGUUUCGGCUGUGUCUCGUGUUUACCACAUUUGAUUUGCUGCUUCAAACCCGAGCGGUUCCGUUGCCGCUGGUCAACGUAGACGACACUAACUCUUUGGAUGAUUCCGGGGCCGAUGUCAACGGUAUGGCCGCUGAGGCCGCAGCCGUGGCCGCCGGUGUCGACGAGCCCGCGGCCAAUGCGGUGGCGCAGCCUGUGGUACAGCCACUGCCCGAUCCGCCCAAAUGGUACAAUCACUGUAAGAUUGGUCCGCAAUCGUCGCAACGGGCCGUCAAUGCGUUGGUCAACGAAUUACAGACCACUCCCGAUGUGAGGGACCGACACAUCAAACAGUUGUUUGACAAAGUGGUCAAAUCGGCCGCAAUGGCCACUAAAAGGGCCGAAGACAUCAAGAGACAAUUCAAUGAUCUAGAGCACAUCUUCAAAGACUUUGAAGGCCUGCAAUUCAAACCCACGUUUGAAUGGUUACCGAAAAUACCUCCGGUUUCUCAAGAGGUAUUCACUGAUAUGACGAGAGAGAUAGCACUGUUGAAAGCGCACCGUUAUGUGGAGAGCUUCGCGGUGGCCAUCGAGCAGAUACUCGUGGAUCAGGAUCUGUACGCCGGAUACGAGGGUUUAGAUCGCCAGGAGUUCAAGAAUAUCGCCGACGAUAACUAUAGCAUACUCUGCGAGAUCAGGACAGCCAUGUCUCUGGUGUUCGGGUCGGUUGACGAACACUUUCUGACCAACACUGGCCGCGAGAUUAUGGCCGACGAGUUCCGCGACAUCCAAGAGAUGUCCAAACGUAUGCUCAGAGACUAUCUCAUACUCAGACAGUACGUACAGACAGCCGAUUAUAUCAACAAAUUGUUCGCUUAUGUCAAGCAAAAGUUUUAA